AUGCUUCCGACCCAGUCCGGCGCACAACCGCAUGCCAACGGAGCCGCUCCUGCCUCCCGGUCUCGCAUCGAUCCAAACCAGAUCCCGAGUCCUGUUGUCGUUCAAGAGGCUGACCAGGAGGCAUAUGCCGACAAGCCAUAUCUGACGCUCUCCAAGACCGUGCCCCCGCUGCCUAGUACCCAGUUUGGGGCGAUCGACGAAGGCAACUGCAACCCGAGGGCCAUCCGCCUCACAACCUACAAUCUCCCCUGCAGCGACGAGCUUCAAAACAUGUCGAGUCUGCCGCUGGGCCUGAUCGUCCAGCCCAUGGUCGAUUUUUCGCCCGUCGAGAUGCCCAUUCCAGUGGUUGACUGUGGCGAGGCCGGACCUGUCCGCUGCAAGCGCUGCAUGGCCUAUAUCAAUCCCUUCUGCAAGUUCAUCGAGGGCGGCCGAAAGUUCGUUUGCAAUCUGUGUACCUUUGAAACCGAAGUGCCCGCCGAAUACUUCAGCAACUUGGACAUGAUGGGACGCCGGGUUGAUCUAGCUCAGCGCCCAGAGCUUCGAUACGGCAGUGUCGAGUUCACGGCCUCCAAGGACUACAUUGCUCGCCCGCCGGUACCGCUUUCUUAUGUCUUUGCGAUCGACGUCAGCUGGAGCUCGCACUCCAGCGGUCUUUUGGCCCGGUGCGCCCAGUCCAUCAAGGAGCUGCUAUAUGGAGAGCCACCGGUGGGGGUCGUCAGCGGUCGCCGCGGUCUCCCGCCAGGCACCAAAGUGGGAUUCCUCACCUUCGACCGCUCUGUGCAUUUUUACAAUCUGAAGGCCAACCUUGAUCACCCGCAAAUGCUUGUUGUCCCCGAUAUCAACGAGAUCUUUGUGCCUCUGAACGAUGGCUUCUUGGUGGAUCCCAACGAGUCGAGACGCCCCAUCGAAGCCCUCCUGGACUCUCUGCCGUCGCUCUUCCAGCCAUCUCGCUUGGCCGAGACCGCCACCGGAGCAGCCAUCCAGGCUGCGUUCUUGGCUCUGAAAAAAACCGGCGGCAAGCUCUCGAUCUUCCAAACCUGCCUUCCCACCUUCGGCCCAGGCGCCCUCAAGGUUCGCGAAGAAGCCCGUGUUCUUGGAACCGACAAAGAGCGCCAGCUGUACGAGCCACAGGAGUACUUCUGGAAGAAAAUGGGGCAGGACUGCGCGACGGCCGGCAUCAAUGUCGAUUUCUACCUCUUCCCGCACGCCUACAUCGACGUGGCCACGCUCAGCACUCUGUCGUCACUCACUGGUGGCGAUACCUACAGCUACCACAACUUUGAGGCGGCCCGCGAUGGUCUCAAGUUCGGCAAUGAUCUCAAGCGUAACCUGCUACGCUCGUUUGCCUACGAUGCCCUGCUAAGGAUCCGAUGCUCGAAUGGACUCAAGCUCGUCGACUACUUUGGCAACUUUUAUAUGAAGAACGCCACGGAUGUCGAGCUGGCUGGCAUCGACUCGGAAAAGUCGAUUGGCGUGCUCAUCAAGCAUGACGGCAAGCUCGAUGAGAAGGUUGAAAGCUCGUUCCAGUGCGCCCUGCUGUACACCAAUGUCUUUGGCGAGCGGCGACUUCGCAUCCACAACAUCUCGGUCCCGAACACGACGAUCCUCGGAAACGUGUUCCGGUUUGCGGAAAUGGACACGACCCUCAACUAUCUAGCCAAGGCCGCUGUUGCGCAGUGUAUGCACACAACUCUCAAGGCUGUUCGUGACCAGCUGACUGAGAAGUGCGUCAAGAUCCUGUCGGCAUAUCGCAAGCACUGUGCAUCCUCGACGGCUGCCGGCCAGCUUAUCCUUCCCGAGUCCUUCAAGCUCUACCCGCUGUAUGCGCUCACGCUGCUCAAGACACAGGCUUUCCGCGGUGGACCUGAUAUGUCGACCGACUUGCGUGUGCAUCAUAUGAAGGCUUUGCGAUCAAUGGGCCUCGCGGAAACGGCACCUUUCUUCUACCCGCGCAUGUUUGCGAUCCACCAGGGACUGCAUGAGAACGUCUUCCAGCCUGGCCGACGCUUUGUUCUCCCUCCUGGCAUCCGUGUCUCCCUCGAGCGCCUCGAGAGCACUGGGGCAUAUCUCGUUGAAAACGGCCAGCAGAUGAUGAUCUGGCUCGGCAGCAACAUCUCUCCCGCGUUCCUGAAGGACGUCUUUGGAAUCGACUCGCUGGCAAACAUCGACAUCAGACUGAGGGAGCUGCCCCGUCUGGAUAACGACACGUCCCGCAAACUGCACGAGGCGAUUGUCUUUGUCCAGUCCAGCCGUGCGCGGUUCAUGCAGCUCCAAAUCGUCCGCCAGAACAUGGACCCGUUCCUCGAGGCCGAGUUCGCUAACAUGAUGGUCGAGGACAAGAACCACGAUGCGAUGAACUAUGUCGACUUUCUGUGCUAUGUUCACAGGCAAGUGGUGGAGGAUGAUGUGCGAGCAGCUGGUUCCGCGAUGAGGCCGGCAUCGGGGUGGACUGGCGAGACAGCAAUGACAAACCUUGCACUUACUCUGCCUGCGUCUCUGUGA